GUGGGUUUUUGACUUUAUGGACAUUUCGAUGAUAAUUUGACUUUCAGUUAACAUUAAUAGAUGACUCUCACGUCCAACAGACUCGAAUCUCUAAAGUAAACAUAGUUAAAGUCUUUUCAAAGACAUAAACCUCCAAAACGUGCCUGUUGAGUUAGGCUGCAGGCACAAAGAGUCUGAGAGAACACCUGACAAAAUGUCUUCUGGACAAUCAUUAAGUCACUUGGAUGCUCCUGUGUGCAGGCUGGAUGAGGAAUACUUCCCAGAAAUUACCCUGCUUGAUGUAACAUGUGAUUCGACUCUUCCUGGCAGCGUGCCUGCUACACCUCUCACAGCUGGGCCUGUGAGGAGCAGGUUUACCUCCUUUCAGCCCACCCCAUUGAGUUACUCCACCAAUCGAAACCCCACUUUGCCAGAAAUGAGUCUACGGGACAUUACAAGUACAAAACUAAACACUUCUGAUCUCCACUCUCCUGAACUUUUAAAACAUAAUCGAACUACAGCUAUUGAAGACCACCAUGCUAAGACCGUUGACUCCCCUGAGAUUAAGUAUGCUCCGGAGCGCUUUCUGGAUUUCCCAGAAAUUACUCUCCUUGAUGUUACACAUGAUUCAGAGCUAUCACAAGGACCGGAAUUAUCCUCCAUGGAUGCCACACAGGAUAUUUCACCGGUGGCGGCAGAGCCUGGUAAAUCGGACAUAAAUCAAAGUGGAGAAUUGUCCAGCACUCUCACUGGCAGUGUCGUCCACGCCACAAACUCCUUGUGUAAACAAUCUGACAAGAGUGCAGGGGGAAACGUAACACAAGCUUCUUUGGAAGCAACUCGGGAUCUUUCUACAGGCAGUGUUUUGGAGAACAGUAGGCCUUCAUUGGAGCAUAGUGGACAAGAGAUUCAAACAUCUGCUGAGGACACAUUUGGCACCCAACCUGCUAAUAUAACUCACGACAUAAACUCAAGCAAGUCGUCUGUCCAAUAUGCUGCAUCAGAGGUCUCUACUUCUGAUUUACAGUGUGGCAAUAGUUCAAAGCUUCACUGUGAACCUGCGGUGACUGAUACUGUGGAAGCUAACAAUGAAGAGCUGCUUAGCAGCCAUGAUGCUGACUUGACCAGUGAGGUGCAACAACCAAGCCCACAAACAGCUGGGACUGUGAACAGCACGUUUACCUCUCUCCAAACAUCCCAGUCAAGUUCCUCCACUGAUUUAAACACCACUACUCAAAUACCCGCACCUCAAAAUAAGACACUGGAUCUUCCCUCAUCCAAUGAAAACAGUCCCAAAGCAGAGAGCGAAGCUACAGAUCAGGCUACUUCUGUGUCUGAGAAAACCAUCGAAACUUCCCUCGUGAAUCAGAGUAGCUCAGCUGUAAAGGCAAGUGGUGAAUGCGAAAUACGGAAUGCUACUUUUGACAGGCAUUCUCUUCAAAAAUCCAGCGGCAAUACUGUUUUAGGAGAAGCUGCCGCAGCAACCUUUAGCCUCCAGAACAACACUUUCGAUACUAAACCUCACUUGAAGCAGAAUGGCACUAUUACUUUGUCAGAGAUCAGCUCAAGUGACAGCAACCAGAGCACUUUCAGCAAGUCUCUCAAGGCCUGCAAUGCGACGAGUAGCCCCAAACAAAACAAGAAUGAGAACUCACAAUCAGGUCUGCCUGUGCCGGAUGGUCUCACUGACACUUUGGGCCAUCAAAGCAUGGAUAUGGAGAUCAACAAAGCAAACACAUUUGAUUUGGAUGAUACUCUAGAUUUAAGGGCAGACUCUUUGAUCACUUCAACACCGAUGCCUGACUUUAAAAUUUUAAACAUAAACUCUCGGCAAGAGGAGGGUAAAAUCUUAGCGGCGCAGAAAAAGCUGUACGUGGACGGUCCCAGUAAGCCGGAUGUUCAGGUGCCAUCAGAUGUUCCGUCAAACAUCGUCUGUGACCGGAAAACAUUUUUGACACGUCCAGCCGCUAAAUCCCUUUUGCCUCCUUCGAAAGCUGCAUCCCAGCUGUUGAAACACAAACCGUCAUCCACACUUCAAGGAAGGUUGGAGCCGCUGACAUCAGGCCUGCCCAUGACGAGACAAAGAGCCCAAGCCGAAGCUUUGAGAAAUACUGCUGCUUCUGAUGCAACCGAGGCGACCACAGGAAUAUCAGCCUACAAGUUACGUGCCUCGACGACAGGAUUUAAGCAACCCAGCUCAGGCUUGCAGAGGCCACAGUUGAGUGGAAUACCAUCAGGCAUCCAGAGAGCUGCAACAGGUCUGCGGCCGCCAUCAACGAGAGGCAACACAUCAACUGCUUCAAGCACAAACAAACUCCGUGCACCUGCAGCUGCUAACCCUGUGACAAAGACUUCACAAGCAAAGAAGCAGCCUUUACCCAAAGGUGAAGCUUUGCCAAUAGCAAAGAGGAAGAGAAUGGAUCCUCCGUUACCACACAGAAGUACUGAAGUCUUAGCAACUUCCUGCGAUACUGCCAAUGGAACCAAAAGCCUGAAACAGCCCACGACCAGCAAGAGAGCUUUGCCCGCUAAAACCCAAAAGGAUGAUGCUGCAGUGCCAGCCAACACUGCUGCUGAAACAUCAACAUCAACAUCUGGUGAUGCAGGAAGCAGAAGCAGAGCCCUGAAACAGCCUGCGACCAGCCACAGAACUCUGCCGGCUAAACCCAGAGGACACGGUUGUGCCAAGUGUGCCGUGCUUGAACAGCAACUCAAAAUGAAAUCGGAGGAAAUAAGGAGAUUGAAAGAAGAGCUGCUGAAGAAAAAUGAACAGGAGGAGGAAUACUAAUAUUUAUUUCAUUAUAUUCCUUUUUUGCACUGUCAGUGUAAAAGUUUUAUAUAAUAUACAACUACUACUUCUACUACUAAGUACUUUAAUGGACUGCGCCCAAAAGAUGAUACUGUAUGUUUGUAUAGCGUUGUUAUGAUGUUAAUGUUUAUACCUGCUAAUAUGAAUGUCACAUCUUGAAGAAAAAACAAUUUAUAACAAAUAUAAAUCAACUGAUUUUACAUUGA